AUGGAGUUCAGCCGAGAGAUCCUCCAGCUUGAAAAGCUCCAAGGCUUCCUAUAUGAUAACGAAAAGGCAAAGAACUGGGGCGACCUGCUGGACUUGAUGAAUUGCCCCUGGUUCUCCCGGCGCUGGGUGGUUCAGGAGCUGGCUUUCGCCCGCGCUGCCACUGUGCAUCUUCGUAUAUUCGCCUUGCAUUUCGACAGAAUCCGAGCUCUCUUCAGACAGUCCAAGGCCGACAAGAUCUACCGCAAAGCGUUCAGCAACUUGGAGUCACUCGGCGCAAAGAUCAUGGUGGACGCAAUCAACAACGUAUUCCAGUCGAUGCUGCCCCAGACCCGUGCAGGCGAGGUCAGCCCCCCAGUACCAAACUACGAGAAUGCUCUUGUAGAAGUUUACACCGACUUCCUGGAGUGGGUCGUCAGCUCAACAAGCUCUAUAGACAUUCUUUGCCGACAAUGGGCCAUGCCGGAAAGGAGUUCGCCGAUAGGUUGGAAGAACCCCACGGCUGCGAUCGCCCUCCCCUCGUGGGUCCAGACGAUUUCUAAGUCGACUUGGGGUUUCCAAGUGCAAGGUUUCAAUGGCCGUAUCAAUGCCGAUAGCCUCGUUGGAAAGCCUGGAAGAUCGCGGUACAACGCGUCGUAUGGCAAAAAGCCCAUAAUUAGAUUUGGGACACGGCGGAGGUUCAUUGCAAUGGACUCGGGUCCGUCGCUGAGACGCACCAACACGGCCCCGGGUCGAUUCGAGUCUGUGCCAGGACUCGAUGAGACGCCAGAGUACCGUCAAUAA